GUCGCAUUUUACGGACACAAAUCAGACACAUUUUUGAAGAAAAUCUAUAAAAGUAGAAAAAUUAAAACGUUAUUGCGAGGACUUGAACGCAACUAAGAAUGGACUGUUACAACAUGAUCAUUUUUCUUGGAGUUAUACUGUGUUCUUCUGUGUUUGCCCAGUCAUCAACCGACAACUCAACCGAUUCUAAUUCAACAACGACUGAAGCUGCCACAACGCCUCUAGUCUCAUCCAAUACACCUGCUAGCGGCAAAAUUACUAUCGAAACGACUACAGCGUUUGUGCCAUAUGCUUGUACGCAAGGAACUUGCAAUGGAACAGACAGUAGCUGUCUCAAGGAUAUAAAAGCAAUAUGUUCAAUAUCAGCCCCAGACCAUGCUUGUCAAGUUUCAAUCGACAACAAUACAGUAACUGCAGACUGUGUCUCUAAACCUUGUGUGGAAACGGUCACCUUAAAAUGUUGCCAAAGCGCAGGCUGCUCUAGUGAGCUGUUCAAGUCAAGCACAGGCAACAAGGACAACAAUGGCAACGGCAUUCAAGCCUGCAUAGCAACGAUCGUUACACUCGCAACGGUUGUCAUGGCAAUAAUCAAUUGAGUUUACUUUUGUUUCACUUCCGUUGCAAUGAUCAGUGACUUUAUGGAAGUUUAUUACAUUAUAGGAGUUGAUAACACAUUAUUUCGAUGGUUUAUGUUUAUAAACUUAUAAAUGUAUGCAAUUAUCACAGAUCUGACUCGCUUGUAAAGAAAAUUGGCCAGCCAAUUGAAGGUUCAUACAGAUGACGUCAUAUUGACAGAAUGUAACUGAAACCUGCUGAUUUUAGCUUGGCCUUUUCUUUUCUAUCCGCUUAUUUCCAUUUGCUUUAAUAAUCUCCUUCCAUUGGCUUUAGUCAAUAAAUUGUUUUAGUUAUUUUCAAAAUAAAACUUUGAAAA